AUGCAUGUGACACGAGCUGAUCCCUACACCACAAACCUGGCACCUGCUCUACAAGCAGAAGUUUGUUUUGUCGUUUCAUUUCAAGAACAAGUGAAUCAUAACAACAAACAACAAUUCUGCCUUAUUCCAGCUAAAUGGGGUCGAAUGCAUAGAUCCUUGUUCUCCAGUCAGUUCUAUAUGAGGUCAUAUUUGAAUCGUAAAAUAAAUAUUAAGAAAAAAUGGCAUGCCACACAACGCUUUCAAUGUUAUCUCCAAAAAUCGUUUGCUUCAACUAACAAUGAAGGAAACAUAGAGCAGCAAUCUUACAAGAAUGACAGGUUAGAGCAUGAUUAUUCAUCCAAACAUGAGGAUGCUUAUAAUGGACCAUUGGGAAAAUUAUAUGCAUUGUACAGAUUCACUCGUCCAUAUGCUACCAUGGGCACAGUUCUGGCAGUGGCAUCUGCUUCUUGUCUUCCAGUAGAGGCAAUCACUGAUUUAUCUCUAACAUUUUUCCUAGAAGUACUCAAGGCUAUUAUUCCAACAAUAUUUGCUCACAUUUAUGCAGCGGGAGUGAAUCAACUAUAUGAUAUAGAAAUUGACAAGGCUAAUAAAAAACAUCUUCCAAUCGCCUCUGGAGUCUUCUCAAUUGGAACCGCUAAGGCUGUUGUCUGGACAGCCACAUUGCUGAGUAUUUCUAUGGGAGUGAUGUCUCAAUCCCCAGCACUUCUCUGUGGCAUCCUUGCAGGCUUAAUGGGUGGAACUGUAUAUUCAGUUGAUCUUCCUUACCUUAGGUGGAAAAGAGAUCCUAUACUCACUGCAGCAAUUAUUGGAUUUUGGAGGGGUAUUGGUAGUAUUAUACCCUUCUUUAUACAUGCUCAGAAAUAUAUACUGAGGAAACCAAUAAUUAUUACCAAGUCAUUGAUAUUUGCUUCAGUGGUAAUGACUCUACAUGGUAUUGCUAUCGCAACAUUCAAGGAUGUGCCAGAUGUUGAUGGAGAUAAAGAAAGUGCCAUUGUCACCUCUAGCACCAAACUUGGCAAAGAAAGAGCGUUCUCCCUCGGCAUUAAUAUCCUUUUGACUGCUUAUGGUAUUGGAGUGAUAAUGGGGGUUUUCUUUUCUUCAUCUUUGCUGUUCAAACUUAGCACAAUAUUGGGUCAUUCUGCCAUUGCUGCUGUUCUGUUACUUCGUUCUAGGACUGUUGAUCUUAAAGAUAAAUUAUCUGCACAAUCAUUUUACAUGUUCAUAUGGAAGUUAAUCUAUGCCGAGUACUUCCUGCUUCCAUUUGUACGCUGAGAAGAAAAUCUAGUGAUGGCACAUGGUAAAGGGGUUGAUUGUUUCCUAAAGUACUGCAGGACUUGAGAGGUGGGGAUAGCAAAGUAAUUCUACCUUGAGAAUUACCUUGUGUAUUUAACUUUAACAAAUCGUGGGUUGACUUCUUUAUGAAUUCUUGUGGGCCUUUAUUUCAUCAAUGGGCUUGGGGCCAAUAGCUUUGAAAUAUUCUUAUCAAGAUUCCUUGUCAGCAAAAUGAGAGUUUUCUUAUGUUUUUAGUCUAGAUCCAUAUGAUUGUAAAUCUUUAAAUUCAGCAAGUGUAAAUUGGUCAAUGUAUGUGGAAAGAACUAUUCAAGGGUA